GGAGGUGUCACCACCCCGCGUGGAUGCUGGAAGAUGCCGUCCCGAAGGGUAUAAAUAAGGAGAGGCUGCCCAGGCAGAGCUGCAGAGCAGAAGCAGCUUCGCCUGAAGGAGAUCUGUUCCUGACACGACCGCGUUUGCCAUUCCCUGCCAGCCACCAUGACUCUGAAGGCAGCUGCCUUCCUCCUCGGCUUCUUGGCUGUCACUGCAGGGGCCCAGGACAGCCUCAAUCCCAGGCAGAUGGCUGAUGUGGUCUGGCAGUACUUCACCCAGCUGGGCAGCAGCGCCGAGGAGACCGUGAGGGAGAUCCAGCAGUUGGAAAUCAGCAAGCAGCUUAAUGCCCUGAUCCAGGACAACCUCCAGACUGUCAACACCUACGCCGAGCAAAUACAGAAAAAGGUGGUCCCGUAUAUCAUGCAGCUGCAUGCCCAGCUAGGUGAGGAAGGGGAGAAGAUGAAGGAGAGAAUCAGGCAAGACCUGGAGCAGCUCCAGACUGAUAUUGGCCCCUUCGCUGCGGAGGUCCAGAACCAGAUGACCACAAUUGCCCAGAACCUGAAAGACAAGUUGACGCUCAGCACCCAGCAGCUGCAAGCGACGGCAGAUGAGCUGACUGCACAGAUGCGUGAGCAACUGGCAUCCUCGGUGCAGGAAUUGCAGGCCAAGGUGAAGGAGAAUGUGGGCGACCUCCCAGCCGCCCUCUCCCCCUACGUUGAUAGGAUUCAGCAGACCAUCAACCAGCAAGUGGCAGACAUCAAGGGGCAGCUGGCCCUUUUCCCCGAGGAAUUGAAGGCCAAGGUGGAUCAGGCGGUGGAGGAGCUGCACGGGCGCCUGUUGCUCUACGCCCAGACCACGCCGGAGCAGCUGAAGCGGCAGCUGGAGGGACUCUCCUUCCAGGUGGCGAAGAGCACGGAGGGCUUGCGGGGCAAGCUCCUGGCGGAAAGUGAGCAGCUGCGCGAGAAGCUCGACGCCCUUCUCCAGGGAGACCUGCCGACCCACCUGGCCAGCCUGAAGGGAGACUUCGGGAAGCAGAUCGAGGAGUUCCGCCAGCGAGUGGGCUCCUACGGGGAGGGCUUCAACCAGUUCGUAGUGGAGAAGGUGCAGGAGCUGGGCCUGAAGCUGCAGCCCCACGCCGGCGGGGCGGACGACCACCUCGGCUUCCUGGAGAAGGAAGUGCAGGACAAGAUCGUCGCCUUCGUGGACGCGCUCCAGCAGACGGAAGAGGCCCUCCUUCCCGCCGCGGAGGCCUGAUGCGGAAGAGCCCCAGACUUUGCUGGUUGAAAUAAAACCGCACACCUCGCUCGUGUCGGGUCUACGAUGUUCAAACCCCAAUAUAGAGAGAUCCCUUGAAACCCAAAGUAGAUUCAGAAAAGAUGUCGUUUAUUGGAGGACGCGCGCAGCUCUAAGCCAAGCACUGCUAACGCUAAAGCCCGCGUAGUUUCCCCUCUACUUUGCCCCCCGGCCCCCCUUCACGCUAGGCGCCACUCCUGCUUCUCGCAGUGGGGCCUCGCGCGCUCCAGCCCCGGCCCUCGGUCUUCUCUCACCCCGCCGCUGAGGCAAAGCACGCUAAGAAAACGGUCCCUGAGAUCAACGUGCGCAGAUGGCGUUUGCUGUGCUAAUAAAACAGUCCUCCAGUUGA